AUGGACUGUAUUCCGACCCGCGCUGCUCUUCGAAGACGACAUAUCAACCUCCAAGAUGUUUCAUGUGCUUUGUGUGAAGCGGAAGAAGAGACGACGUUACAUCUUUAUACCGGAUGUGGUUUUACGUUUGGGGUUUGGUCGGCGAUUGGUGCUUGGUGCAAGAUAGACCCUAUUUUCGCUUUUGAUGUUAAAGAUUUAUUAAAGCUUGCGAAUGGGAGAAGAAUUAAGGAAGAAAAGAAGAUUAUUCAAGGUAUUGUUAUGGUUUUCAUGUGGGUUAUUUGGAACGCGAGGAAUGAAAAGAUCUUUAGAAACAAAGGUACGGAAGUUAGAGAGCUAGUGGCAUCUAUUAAGUCUUUGUCCUUUAUUUGGCUAAGGUCAAGAUCUAGGUUUAAAAAGAUUGUUUGGAAGGAUUGGAUGGUGAACCCAUUGUAUAUGUUGUAG